UAGGGGUAAGGCUAACAGCCACUAGUUCUAGGAUUCACUUUUGAUUUCAUUCCACAAUACUGCAUGAUUGAUCAGUCUUAAUUUCCUUAUUGAUUCCACUGACCAUAUGUCAUUUAUUAUGGGAUCCUAUAUAGCUUUGUACAAGAAAAUAAUGUAGGUCAAUGCUGCAAAAUUAUGGUAUAUUUCUACUGUAUAGAUCUGUACUUGUGCGACUUGUGUCUAUAACCAUUACUGAUGUGAGCCUGAUUGGCUUUUUGAGUCAGCCGAUGAAGAAGCAUCAGGAGAAAGUAAGUGUUAGAUUAUAGUAUAAGAUGAUCUGGGGAACCUAGUGUGCAGUGGAUUAAACCUCAUCAGCAAGGACUUGGGAGGGAUUUAUGGAUUUAUUUGGAAAAUAUAUAGAUGGUCACCUUUAGACCAACAAAUUAAAAAAGGUCAUUUAACCAUGGAUAUCAAAAUCCUUAAACCACCCCUUUGAAAAUUUUGUGCAUGCAGUUUCCUACUGAAUAAAAUAUAAGUGAUUUCAUAUCUAAUCAAACCUUCAACAUAGGAAAUCAUUUGUGUCAUACAGCAUAACUGAGCAUGAUUUUAUCUGAACAUCAUGCGGCCAGCAUCCCUAUGACAUUAUUGAAGCUCUCUCUUAUAGCACGCUUGUCAUCUUUGUUCUCAAAUAUGCAUUUUCAGCAAACGCUCAGCAUUUGAUUAGACUGAUCUGCUUUUGUUUUACUGUAUUACACUUUUAGAGGCCAUCUAGUUGUUCAAUGACUAUAACUUGAAUCAGACAACGAAAUCAACUACAGUAUUAGAAAGAUCUAUUCCUGGGGUAGCCAUUCAAAGUGCUGGUAACUUUGAGUUAGCUUUAUUACUGUUCUACAAAGAACUAAGAUUAAAAUAUGUCUUUUUUUAGUUGCUCAUUUCUAUUUAUCAUGGGGUAAAUUCUCUCAUCUGUCGAACCUUCUCUGUUUCUUUCAACAACCUCUACAGUCUAUACACUAAAAAAAUCUCCUUCGCAGAUAUGUCAUAUUUGACUUUUGCAAAAGGUUGUGUCUAUUUGCCAUGUUCAUGACUAUAAAUGGGCAAUAAAUUCUUAAAAGGCAGAAAAAAGUACAAGUAAUAAAUCUUCUUACCAUAGUAACUAGAUUUAUUUUACACAUAAAUUCUUAGUUAAUGUUAAUGCUGUAUUACUGCUGUGUACUGGCUGACCAAUGUGUUACAUGAUAUGACAUAUUGUUCAGUGACUCAUUCAGCAUGAGGCUGCAAGUCAUUCUGUUGUCUUGUAAUAAGAAUUAGAUUCUGUUCAAAAGAAGGAUAUGCCUUGUUUUGCAUCGCACUCAAAAUGCAAUGAAGAAAAUUACUUAACUUCUGGUAAUUGUAGAGUGCCAGCCAAAAAGCAUGAUCACCUGUGCAGUCACUGGAUUGACGAACAUGUGUGACAUUGGCAAUCUUCGUCCUGAUUUUGAACUGUGUGGUCUGUCUGGAGAAUCAACACAAAGGCAAGCGAAUGAUAAUAAAAGUGUAUAUAAAGAAUUUUUUAUUAGAAAAGCAAAUGAUGUGACACUAUCAGUUUAACCAUGUUUAUCCUUUCAUUUGUAUGUGCUUAUAUACCACUGCAUGUAGAUCAGUCUGCUCAAGCUUUUUGUUGUAGUAAAAAACAAUGGACAAAAAAGAAAGCAUAAACUUCCAGAUGGUAGGAUGUCAGAAAUGGAAGCCUGUUGUUGUCAUACUGAUUAUUUACUUUGUGAUGGCUGUUUUAAACCUUUUAUUUAAGAAGAUCCUUGAUGAGGGAAAGAGUCAUUUAGUUAUAGUAACAUAUCGGCUAACCACUGCUGCAAUUUUUUUGAUGCCUAUUGCCUACUUCUAUGAAAGGAGAAAAGGUUUGAAUGUUAAGCUCACACCUCCAAUCUUAUGUUAUCUCUUUGUCAGUGCUUUAAUUGGGGCAACACUCACCCAGUAUCUGUUUCUUCUUGGAAUCCAAUGCACAUCUGCUGCCUUUGCCACUGCCUUUGUCAACAUGACUCCUGUCUUCACUUUCCUUUUGGCUAUACUACUAGGGCAAGAAAGUGUGAACUUUAAAAGCACUGGCAAGAUAGCUAAAGUGUUGGGUUCACUUAUCUGCAUCGGGGGAGUUCUUUUAUUGAUCUUGUACAGAGGAAUUCCACUUAACAAAGCAACUUACUCAAGGACUUCUCUAUACAAUGCUAAUAACUUGAGUAUGUUUGGUAAGAUUGACAGCAAGCAUAGAUGGAUCCUUGGAUCAAUUUUCCUUGUGCUCAGCAUCUUAUGCUGGUCUGGCUGGUUCCUUUUACAAUCAAGGAUUGGCAAAAGAUAUCCAUGCAAGUAUAUGAGCACUGCUUUGAUGUCUGCUUUUGGGGCUGUUCAGUCAGCAAUCUUAUGCUUUGCCAUCAACAGGAAUAUCUCCGUAUGGAUUUUUACUGGAAAGCUGCAGAUCUUUACUGUCCUUGCUGCGGGAGUUUUAGGAUCAGGGCUAUGCUAUGUUGGGAUAUCCUGGUGUGUUGAACAGAGGGGCCCAGUCUUCACAUCAGCAUUCAGCCCUUCCAUACAGAUUUAUAUAGCAAUAAUGGAUUUGUCCUUCUUUCAUGAACAAAUUUACCUUGGAAGUGUUAUAGGAUCAAUCCUGAUAAUUUGUGGUCUCUAUAUUCUUCUGUGGGGUAAAAGCAGAGAGGCAUCACAAGAAAACAUAAUCAAGCUAGCUGAGGCAGUGCAAUGCAAUGAAAGUUCUGCAACUGCAAUUGGCAUUAUUCAUGUCACCAGUUCUGGAUGCCCCUCUUAGUUUGGUUUCAUUCAUCUAUGCUCCGGAAUUUAUAUAAAACCUCACGUCAUCAAAACCUACGUGAGAUUUUAAGUCAAAUUAAAGAAUACUCACUUUGAAAUAUCCAACUUUGGCAUAUUAUGGACCUUAGUCACUGCUUUCAAAUUUUCAAUUAUUUAAAUUAAUAUGAACUCUCAAGAUGUUCUUCCAGAAAUGCUAUCCAUCAUAGAUAUCAAUUUUGUAUCUUUAUAAUAUUAUGAGCAACAUAUAUUGUAUUAAAAUGUUAAACACUUUAGUGAAAAACAAUAACAAAUUUCAGAUAUUAUUCAACCUCCCUCUAGUUGUGAGAAUAAUUGUCAUCCGUGUUUGUACUCUUCCCACCUUCCCCUCCCUAGCUUUUACUUUCCUCCAUGUGAUGCCUUGGUCACCAUUAUUGUAUUAGCUAAUAGUUAAUUUUUGCCAAUGUUAAGCCAUGGAUGGAAGCCUACUUUCCUCCUAAUAGGAGAGCGAAAAAUAGAUAAUCCAGAACCACCUCACCAUCUAUGGUUCCAGCCAGUAUCAUGGCAUCUAAGAUAACUAUUUCCCUACAGCUUUAUACUUUGAAGUGUUAUACCAUACUCAACAAAUUCUGGAUCAGUACUGAGCCUAUUGUAUAUUCCAGUAAUCCUAUUUAAAAGAUAAUGAUUUCUGUUAUAGUAUUGAUUUAGAACUUAGUUAUUUACUUCUAUUUAGCAAGUCAUAUAAUUUACUGAUACAUGGUAUAAUGCUUUCUCUGACACACUGACAGAUUAUUUUGACAAUAAAUUUGGACACCGAUAUAAGAUGCUCAAUUGAAACUGGUUUAAUGUGGCAUAGGAUCGUUGGUCAGGACCAGAAAGGCAAUUUUCCCUCAUUUAGCAGAAGUGUGGAUACAUGCCAUUAAUGGCAGUGAUGUUUAACACUAUCUACACUAGCUCUCUUUACCAAACACUACUCAGUCUAGCCUAAAUAAGGUAAUUAAUCUCAUAUCAGUUCUGUGAGGCCAACAGCCAUAUGGCAUAUUGAAGCUGUCUUUUUUAUCCUAUAUAUUCUGCUAGUUCUCUAAUUAGAAAUGUAAGCAUAGAGUCAUAGACAGCAUUUGGCUACACUAACUAGCAUCCAAUGUACUACAUAAAGUUUCUGAGGUUCUUUGGUCAUUCAAAGACAAUAAUUCUUGUAUAAGCAACAAGUAUCUGAAAGGUAUGUUUGUCUUGUAUAAGCAACAAGUAUCUGAAAGGUAUGUUUGUAACUUUUGUAAGGCGCCACA